GCGUGUUCAAGGCAGCAUGGGGGAGUAAUCAUAUCUUACGCUCGCAUCCGAAGGGGCAGCAUCAAUCUUUGCGGCACUAAGAUCGCACACAGGAGAGGCUACGGGGGUCUCUGUCACAAUAACAGCUACACCUCACAAAUUGAACCGUCAAUUCUGCAGUCAAAAAUUGAUCCCCUGGCACCAUACUGGGUUAUCGGUACACUAUGGACGUCAAUGCGAAGCUCUGCCAGAAUUGCCAAAAUCUCAUUUCGACCACCACUCCGACCGAGGAGGAUGAGUAUCUUCCAUAUCAGUCAAAAGACUUACUUUUUGGAUCUUCUCGGAAUGGUUGCCCAAUGUGCACUACAAUUUGCGAAUAUUUCGACGACUACUUUGACAUGGAGAAGCUAACAACUUGGCACUCUCAGAGACAUCUUGAAGAAGCCAGGCUAAUGUAUAGGCUGGACCAUUGGAGAAAAUUGGAAGGUACCGUGUGCUGGAUGUAUAUGUUAUACUGCCCAUCUGGGGGAAAUGCCGAUAUUCAUGAAGCGCACAUGGGAAACCUAAUUGUGAUGCCGGCCAAAGAUCGGACCGCGGGCGCAGCUUCAACGUAUACUGGUAGCGAACAAUGCUGGGCUUUGGCGUCUGCCUGGAUACUAGAGUGCGUUACAUCUCAUUCCAAAUGCAAUAAUACCAACGAGGAAACAAAUUGGCUCCCUACUCGGGUUCUUGACGUUGGGUCUAGUAACAACCCACAACUACGUCUUCAACCUUCCACAACAUUGUCACCGAGAAGAUCUUACAUGACUCUCAGCCAUUGCUGGGGGGAACUGCAAAUCAAGCAACUUCAGACACAUAACAUCCAGUCAAUGUGCGAGCACAUCGAGAUCUCUGAAUUGCCUAAAACCUUCCAAGAAGCGAUAUGCCUCACUCGACGACUUUCUGUAAGAUACCUGUGGAUUGACUCUUUGUGCAUUAUCCAGGACUCUACAGAAGAUUGGGCACACGAAGCAGCAUGUAUGGGGGACAUCUACAAAAAUGCCUUGUGCAACAUAGCUGCCACUGCGGCUGCUGAUGGUCGCGAUGGAUUGUUCUUUGAAAGAAAUCCAGUCCUUGUGCAGCCGUUGCGAGUCCGAAUCGAAUCACUCAAGCUUGAAGGGCUGAAUUCUCCCUCGGACCUCUAUGACAUUACUCCCCAGUAUUUUUGGGGGCACGAUGUUGCGGAUGCUCCAUUGAACCGGCGAGCGUGGGUGCUGCAAGAGCAGUUCCUCUCGUGCAGAGUGAUCCACUGUAGUAAAAAUCAACUACUGUGGGAAUGUCGUGAAUUGGCCGCUUGCGAAAUGUACCCCAAGCGCAUCCCGCGCGGGAUCAUUAAUGAGUCGUCAGUGUCAGACUUCAAAUGGUCCGAUCUCGCCUAUGGUUUGCGGGUGGCGUCUUCAGAAAGCAGGUUCAAUGCUUUGGAACUUUGGAACUCUGUGAUGGAAGCUUAUACUGCCCGAUCAAUCACCAAAUUCCAAGAUAAAAUCGUUGCGAUUUCCGCUGUGGCGAAAGAGUUUCAGCCAAUGAUUCGACACGAGUAUUUGGCAGGCAUGUGGCGCAUGGCACUGGAAGCCGCUCUCUUGGUGGGUUAA